CAGACACCUUACUUAGAGCGCCCGAGUCAUUUAGAACUUCCACGCCUCAUUAAAUCCCGACUAUGCUGCGGUGCCGGGCGGUAUCAAGGCAUCAUUCGUUCCUUGCACCGCUGUAUAAGAAACGUGUAGCGGCAAGAGUCAUAAGUUCGGCUCUCUUGUACAGCACAAACGCCGCAAAGCCGUCUGCACCAGUCACAAAGGUUGAGAAGAUCAUCCACGAUACCAUCAAGGCCACAGGUCCCUUGUCAUUUGCAAAAUACAUGCAAAUGUGUCUGUCGCAUCCGACAGAAGGGUACUACAUGAACCCCUCGCAUAGCGUCUUCGGUUCUCGAGGUGACUUCACUACCAGCCCCGAGAUCAGCCAGGUCUUCGGUGAACUUGUUGCGAUAUGGUCGUUGUCCCAAUGGAUGCACUUCGGCCAGCGAAAACCUAUCCGCCUGGUAGAACUGGGUCCUGGGCGUGGCACGCUCAUGGCUGACAUCCUAAGAACGCUCUCUCAAUUCGCCGCCGCCUGUUCCGCGGUUCAAGGGGUUCAUCUCGUCGAGACUAGUGAAGCUAUGAGGACUCUUCAGAAAAAGACACUCGAACUGGUGGAUGCUCCGAGGAAGUGGCACACGCAAUGGUACGACUCGUUAAAUGAUUUUUCGGUCGACAAGGACACGUUCACGAUCCUCAUUGCACACGAGUUCUUCGAUGCUUUACCGUUCCAUCUAAUUCAGAGAUGUGACGACGGCUGGCGCGAAGUCCUCGUCUCUUCCGGGCCUGACUCGACUGCAAAAACCAUCCUCCGCGCAGACAGUUUCUCGCCCUUGUCAGAGUCGCCAAAAAUCCUCGAGGCCACUGGCCCACGCUUCCACCGCGCCAUAGAACCAGCACCGUCGGCGUUCUCCACCCUCCUUGGAAUGUCGUCAAAACGCUUUGAGAAGCUCCCCGUCGGGACACAGGUAGAAGUUUCUCCGUCUGCGUUCAAGGUCGCACGGAGGAUCGGGGAGCUUCUGUCGAGCGAUCUGGAGAAGUCGCGAGAUGUGUCCGGGUGUGCGCUCGUCGUGGACUAUGGCGGCGAUAAGAGCUUCUCGAACUCUUUCCGGGCCUUCAAAGACCACAAGAUUGUCGACGUCUUCGACCGCCCGGGCGAAUGCGACCUCACAACCAACGUUGAUUUCGCCUACCUCAAAGAAGCGAUCUCAGGUCUCGCAACGACCCACGGCCCAAUCCCGCAGGCCACCUUCCUCGAGCGUAUGGGUCUCUCAUUGCGCAUCGAGACCCUCAAGAAGGCAGCCAAGGACGAGCAGCAUCGAGCGGACAUCGAGCGUGCCGCGAAGCGGCUCGUCGACCGCACGGGCAUGGGCAACCAGUACCAGGUCUUGGGAAUAACUGGUACUAGACAGUUCGAGGAAGAGCUGACUGCGGAGCAGACGUGGCCGUUCGUGCAGGAGUAGGCCAAAGUCUGGUGUUGAGGAUACCGGCAUGCUACAGAAUAUACUCGUGAUUAUGUUGGAUACAUACGAUAAUGAGGGGAUGAUGUGUGCACAUGCGUGAAAUGCGGUGAAUGCUACAAGACCAUGCGAGAGGCCACCUGUUCUUCAUUCCAGAAGCGGCGCCUCUUCCCCUUUCCACCCCACAACCCACUGCAUCAGCAUCUCCGCCAUCUUCCUACCCUCCUGCGUACGCUUCCCCGUCUCGCCCUCCUUUCUCUUGCUCUCUUUCUUCUCUUUGCCUUUGAAGCACGCCUCCUCGACCGCACACGCCCACUCGCCCGACUCGUACGCAGUGCGCGAGAGCUCGACGCCGACGCCAUCACGCUCGAGGAGCAUGCGCAGUCCGUGCUCUUCGAUGAACAACGGGCGCGGGACGUAUACAAAAGGCGUGCAAGAGUCGACACAUUCCGAGACGGUACCGUAACCCUACAAAACACAACUGAAUC